AGAAAGUCUGUACUCAGCUGCACUAGAGUCGGUACUCGAGUACAUUUAGAAUUUUAGAAUGAAUCGCGGACGUGGUGGGUUUCGAAGACCGAAUCGAGGGGGAGGACGUCACAAUGUGAAGCCUCGCCCUGCAAAUCGUACCGUUCUUUCGUCAGCAUUAGAAGGACGAGAGGACUUAGAAGACGACAAAGACUGUGAUGAACAAUUCAAUCUGAAUGAGGCUGAUGGUGGUGAUGUGAGCAAACAUCGCAAUCCUUUGCUGGUCAAAGAGAGUCAAGUGAUGCCGAAAAAUAAACGGAGAUCGAAGGCUCCGAUUCAAAAACUUCAAAUGAGCACCGAAAACCGAGAGAUGAUUGAAGAGGUUAUGCGUGACCUGCAACUUUCUCGAAGCAACCACGGGGACCACGAGGGUCUGGUUUCCAGUGCCAAACAGGUGAGGAUCAAUGAGGCUUACUGGAAGAAAGUUGGGGAUCAAAAACUCGUGAUUGAGGGUGGUGUCAACAAUGCUGCAGAUCGCGACGGCGAAUUACAAAUUGACGAAGAAAUUUAUAGUUCUUAUGCGGUGAAAAAAUUGCACCAGUGCGGCUUUGAAAAAAUCAGAUGUAUUGAAGCUCUUAAGGAGAGCGAAGGUGAUCUAGGAGCAGCUCUGGAGUCGUUAAUUUGCAGUUGUUGUGGACUAAGUUGUCUUGGAAAGACAAAUCCAGAUUAUAGCGAAGAAAAGUUCCAAGAAGCGUCUUCUCAAAGACAAGAAGAAGCAAUGGCUCUUGAAUCAAUUUACGAUGAUGCCUUUACAGAGGUUAUUGCAGACACUGUGUGGACAAUAAAAUUAUCGUUGCCCUUUCUACUUGAUAAAUUUAAACAUGAGAGCAGAAAGGAAAAUGUGCUAAAAAGUAAGGCAGGCAGGAAGGCAGAGACUUUGGAUAAUAUUUGUAGAUUUUUUUUACAAGGUUAUUGCAAAUUUGGCGAUAAAUGCAGACUUAAACAUAUUGUGUAUGAGCAAGGAACAAGCUCAAAAGAAGCGAGAAAUGAAUUGGAGAGGAAGGAGAAAAGUUCUGAGUGUGAAGAUCUGUCAUUUCCAUUUCAUCUGGAAGUGAGAUUUUGCAAGGGAUCUCUUUACCCUUUUGAACCUCCAAUGGUUGUAUUUUACUCCACACAUGAAUCGAUUCCAUCUUCAGGCUGUCUCAAUGUCACAUUAAGGUUGAACAGAGAAGCCAAGGAGUUAUGUGAUGCUGAGAGCCCAAUGGUGUUUUGCCUUGCCAGUCUUCUAGAGAAUGAGGAUGAAAUCCUUGCUUGCUUUAACAUGCCACUUUCUGAGUAUAGUUUGCCUAUAAAGAAAAGUAUUUCCACUCAUUCUGCCGGUGAACAUCACAGAGAUGUUCCCCCAAGGAGAAAAGUGGCUGAUAAGAAAUCAGAAACAACACAACCAAAGACAUCCUCAGACAAGGUCAGCAUCCAUCAAAAAAGUAGGAAACUAAAAGAACAGUUUCAGCGAUUGCAGUCAGUUGCAGCUUAUCAGUCAAUGCUGAAGGAAAGGAGCAAACUUCCUGCAUGGCAGUCACAACAGAACAUUAUAGAAAAACUCCAGGAGCAUCAGGUUCUUGUUAUCAGUGGAAUGACAGGUUGUGGGAAGACGACUCAGAUUCCUCAGUUCAUCCUGGACAGCCAUCUCGCCGCAGGACGUGGAGGUGAAUGCUUCAUUAUCUGUACACAGCCUCGUCGCAUCUCGGCCAUGUCUGUUGCAGAAAGAGUGUCCAGUGAGAGAGUAGACAAGAUUGGACAGUCAGUUGGUUAUCAAGUCAGGCUGGAAAAUAAACAGGUCGGACUUUUCCUGUUGUUGAGUUCUUUCUGGAGGAUUCUAUAGACUUGACAAAGUUUCAAGUUGAUCCCAGUUCACCCUAUGCAAAGCCUUUGAAAAGUUCCAAUGUCCCCACUGCAGCUGGUAAAAAGGGACAGUUAAACCGAGACAUUCAAAACAUACAAGACUCUGUGACAUCUACUGACUUCAAACCACCUGAUGACAAGCUUGAUGACCAGAACUUAACAGAAGAUCAGAUGGCCUGGAGAUAUUCCAAUUACAAUAAAAGUACAAUUUUGUCUCUUUGCACAAUGGACCACAACAAGAUUAACUAUGAUCUGGUAAUUGCCAUCCUGGAGUGGAUUGUUGGAGAGGAACACGAGUAUCCCAAAACAGGAGCCAUUCUGGUGUUUCUGCCUGGCAUGGGAGAGAUUAUGACCUUGCUGGAUCAGCUUCAAAAUCAUAAAAGAUUCAGUCCGAAAAUCUCUGACAGGUUCAGAAUACUCCCACUGCAUUCUACACUCUCAAGUGAAGAACAGAGUUUGGUUUUCAAGAAGCAAAAAGAAGGAGUGCGAAAGAUAGUUUUAUCCACAAACAUCGCCGAGACCUCAGUGACCAUAGAUGACGUCGUGUUUGUCAUUGACUGUGGAAGAAUGAAAGAGAACCGGUAUGACUCUGUAAAGGGGAUGGAGAGCCUGGAGGAGGUCUGGGUUUCUCAAGCGAAUGCUCGCCAGAGACGAGGAAGAGCGGGCCGAGUUACAUCCGGGGUUUGUUUCCACCUGUUUACCAGCCAGCGAUUUCAACACAAAAUGGACGGCCAUCAGAUUCCGGAAAUCCAGCGAGUUCCUUUGGAGAAGCUUUGUCUUCGUAUUAAAGUAUUGACGCUGUUCUUUGGGCGAGAGAUUAAGGAUGUUCUUGGUAAACUGCUACAACCACCUUCCGAGGAAUCGAUCAACGACGCAAUCAAACGGCUGCAUAACAUCGGAGCACUAGAUACCGACGAGAAUCUCACUUCUCUCGGUUAUCACUUAGCAGCUCUGCCUGUUGAUGUUCGGAUUGGUAAGCUUAUGUUGCUUGGUGCAAUUUUCCGGUGUUUGGACCCUGUGCUGACGAUCGGAGCCAUACUCAGCUAUCGGUCUCCUUUUUCCGCUCCGUUCGACAAAAGAGAAGAAGCAGAUAAGAAACGACAAGAGAUGGCCAUUGGUAACAGCGAUCACAUGACUCUGCUGAAAAGUUACAGGGGUUGGCUGGAGACUAUGGCAAGUGGAAUUUCUGCUGGGCAUCACUACUGCCGUACAAACUUUUUGUCCAUGAAGACACUUCAGAUGAUAGCAAGCCUCAAGUGUCAAUACGCUGAACUAUUGUCAGAUAUCGGGUUUAUCAAAGCGGAUCUCACGACUAGACAGAUAGGGAGACUGGCGCCGAGAACUGGAGACGGAGUGUUAGCUGCAACAGGUGACGAGGUCAACGUGAACUCGAAGAAUCAGAAAUUAGUUUUGGGAGUUGUCUGCGCCGCUUUGUUCCCGAACAUCGUUCAAGUUGUCAAACCAGACGUGAAAUACAAGGCGUCUGUUGCAGGGGCUAUCCCUGUGGAUUCCAAAGCAGCUGAACUGAAGUUUUGGACGAAGAAUGACGGCCAGGUGUUUAUUCAUCCCAAAUCGGUAAAUUUUCAAGUGAACUCUUUCGACAGUCCAUAUCUCGUGUACCACGAAAAAGUCAAGACAUCCAAGGUUUACAUCCGAGACUGCAGUAUGGUGUCAGAAUAUUCCUUACUUCUCUUCUGUGGAGACAAUUUGUCUGUCAAUCUAGAAAGAGGUGUUUUCGUCAUCUCUAUUGACGAUGGCUGGAUCCGUUUUUCUGCAUCUUCGCACGAGGUUGCAACACUUGUGCAAGACUUGAGGAAAGAGCUUGACCGGAUACUGGAAAACAAAAUAGAGAAUCCUUCUUUUGAUCUGACGAGUUGCUAAAGGGCAAGCAGAAUUAUUGACGCCAUCGUUCGUUUGAUUUCAACUCAGUAAUGAAAGGCACUAAAUGAAAUGAGGAAUGUCGUACGAGGCCGCCAAAUUUUUCGGUAACCUUCCCGUCACAACCUGGGUGAAUAAACUCGAAAUUCUGGGUUAUUGAACAAUUUUGACCGGUUUAACAGGUUACGUUUUACAUGUAGGUUUCAAAUCCCAAUUUGAUAACGAUAAGUCCCUUCGUUUCGGCGAAGUGUGUCGCGCUUGUAAAAAACAAAAUCAGCGAAAAAAAAAAAAAAAUGACGUUAAUGCGCCUCACGGAACUGUCGCACUCCCAGAGUUUCGCACCUAAUUUCGGCUUAUUUUCAUAUAUGAAAUAAUGUACUUAGAAUAUCACUGGGGAUAUUUUAACUGAAUUUAUUAUUUCUAAUGACAUGCUAAGCAAGCAGACUGAAAAAUUUACUUGAAAUUGAUCAGUUUAACUCUAGAAUUGCAACAUACAAUGAGAUGUGAAAUUAAAAGAAUACGGCAAUAUCUUCAAAACGGUUACUUCACUCACUCCCACCGUCGACACAACAAAACUCGUGCAGCAUAGCUAAAAUGACGAUUUUUUUUGUUACUCUUUUCAGCUUUUCAUCAAGUUUUGAAUGGUUCCUCUUGCUAUUUUCCGUGAACUGUUAUUUUUCAGUGUCGAUACUCAGCUUAUGAUUAAUAUUAUUUCUUUAUUCACGAAUAAACAAAAGCUGAGUCAUACGGAUUUUUCGGCAAACACCCACUCAAAUAUUUAUACAGUGUCCUCUUACUUCCCUUAGUUCAAGUAGUAGCAUUUUUAGUUCACUGUGAAUCACUGAGCGGCGUCUGAAACGGUCUGAGCCAGGGUCUGGGGUGCACCGGACCGGAAGUCACAUUGUAGGCCAUGUAGAGUCUAAUACUAAUGUGGAUGAUAACAUGAACCACACGUUUAUUUGAAUUUCAUUGUGGAUCUGUUGCGUUCUUUCUUGUACCAACGGCUUCUAAUCAAAAAAUGUAAUUUUUGGACUUUUUGCAAUUUUUUCAAAGAGCAUAAUAUAAAAAAAAGGGGGCAUAAUUUGGA